AUGGGGCUUUCCUUUCUGCUGCUCUCUGCUUUGCUGCUGGGAUCAGCUCUGGCUCAGUCUGACCCUGAGGCCACGCCCCCAGAGGAGGAGGAGCCAGUGGAGCUGUUCACCACACCCACCACCAAGAUGGCUGCCGCCGCUGCAGACUUUGGCUUCAACCUGUUCAGGUCGGCGUGUCGGCGUGAGAGCGGGAACGUGCUGAUGUCAUCACUCAGCGUCACGAGCGCCCUGACGCAGCUGUCCAUGGGCGGCUCGCCUUACUCUCAGAGGGAUCUGACUCGUAUGCUGCGGUACCACACGUGGCAGGACCCGGCUCUCCACACCACCCUGAGCUCCCUGAUCUCCAGCGCCUCCACCGGGAAAGGCCUGAGUACUGCAGCCAGACUGUACUUAAGCAGACGUCUCCGUCUGAAGCAGGAGUACUUCUCCCUGGUGGAACAGACCUAUGGUAUCAGACCCAAAGCUCUUCAGGGAGGAGCCAGGGACCAGAAGGAAAUCAACGACUGGGUGUCGCAGAAGACGGCAGGGAAAGUGGCCAAGAUCCUGACCAAACCUCUGCCCCGAAACCAGGGAGUGACCGCCAUCACCGCAGCAUACUUCAACGGGCGGUGGGCGACCCGCUUCAGCAGGUCUGUCUCGGGUCAGUUUCAGAUCGAAGGUUCUUCUCCAGUUCAAGUUCCUAUGAUGCAACAAGAUGAUUUCCCCCUGAAGAUUGGCAUCGAUUCAGACCUGAGCUGCACGAUUGCAGAGCUCCCCCUGGUGGACGGCGUCAGUCUCUUUGUCUUUUUGCCGGACGCUGUGACCUUUAACCUUUCGGCCAUUGAGGACGCUCUGACCGCCGAGUUCGUGCAGGACCUUGCUAACACGCUGCUAACGGCUAACGCCCAUCUGAGCAUGCCCAGUCUCAAGCUCGUCUUCUCCACAGAUCUGCUACCACUGCUGCCAGAGCUAGGCCUCUCUGAUUGGCUGGCGAACACGGGUUUGGACCAGAUCUCUCAGCAGCCAGUCACGCUGAGCUCUGUACUUCACAACGUGGUGCUAGACUCCGCCCCUGAUGGCCUACAGCCCGCCCCUAAGCCUGCCCACCCCUCUGCUCUGACCUAUCACGUCGACCGACCUUUUGUCUUCGUGAUCCGCGACCAAUCAACCGGAGCACUGCUGCUGACUGGCCGAGUCACCAAUCCCAAACAAGCAUGA